GGAUAAUUUUAAAUUUUCCCUCUUUCUUUCCCUUCCCUUUACAAACAUGUCUGAAAAUAUGAUUGAAUUAAUCAACAAGAUCCAAGAUGCCUUCACGACCAUUGGAGGCAAUGAAAGUUUAGAUCUACCGCAAAUUAUCACGGUCGGUGAGCAAAGUUCAGGAAAGUCGUCCGUCUUGGAACACAUUGUCCAGCGCGAUUUCCUGCCUCGAGGCAGCGGUAUCGUCACACGUCGACCUCUUGUUUUACAGCUCGUCACGAUUCGUAAUAAUGCCGAGGCAUACGACUAUGCAGAGUUCUUACAUUUACCCCAACAAAAGUUUUUCGAUUUCAACGAUGUUAGAGCAGAAAUCGUUCGAGAGACCGAUCGUGUCGCUGGAUCCAACAAGGGAAUUUCAAGAACUCCCAUUCAUUUGAAGAUUUAUUCGAAAAACGUACUCAAUUUGACCAUCAUUGAUUUACCGGGAUUAACAAAGAUUCCAUUAGGUGAUCAACCUCACGAUAUUGAUGCUCAGAUUAGACAAUUAGUAGUAGAUUAUAUUUCAAAGGUCAACAGUAUCAUUCUAGCUGUAACCCCUGCAAACACUGAUUUGGCCAACUCCGAUAGUCUGAAGCUAGCAAGACAAGUAGAUCCAACCGGCAAGAGAACGAUAGGAGUACUGACAAAGCUGGAUUUGAUGGAUGCUGGAACACAUGCAUUGGAUGUCUUGACUGGCAAGUCUUUUCCUUUAAAAUUAGGGUUUAUUGGGCUGGUUAAUCGUAGCCAACAAGACAUCAUCACGAACAAAUCUUUGGAUGAUGCUGUGAAAUCUGAGCAACUGUUCUUCCAGUCUCAUCCUUCGUAUCGAAAUAUGUCUCAGAGAUGUGGAUCCUUGUUCUUGUCUAAGCAAUUAAAUCAAAUUCUUGUAAAUCAUAUCCGUGAAAAGUUACCAGACUUGCGAUCGAAAUUAAGCACGUUGAUAGGACAAACGCAGCAUGAAUUAUCACAAUACGGCGAUCCUGCAUUUGCAGGAUCCAUUCAUAGGGGUUCGCUUAUUUUGAAAUUACUCACGAUGUUCUCGACCGAAUUCGUAUCGUCGAUUGAUGGCACAUCUUCACAUAUCUCCACCAAAGAGUUAUCAGGAGGAGCACGCAUUUAUUUCAUUUUCAAUUCAAUUUUUGGUACGGCGUUAGAUUCUAUUCAACCAUGCGCCAAUUUGACGGAUCAAGAUAUCCGUACAGCCAUCCGAAACUCUACAGGCCCUCGAUGUUCGUUGUUUGUUCCGGAAAUGGCAUUUGAUUUGUUGGUACGACCCCAAAUCCGAUUAUUAGAAGCGCCUAGUUUACGUUGUGUCAAUCUUGCGUACGAAGAGCUGUCAAAGAUCUGUCACACUUGUGGAAGUAAAGAAAUUUCAAGAUUCCCCAAAUUGCACACGAAAUUGGUAGAAGUGGUAUCUGAAUUACUUCAAGAGAGAUCUGGCCCUUCUUCGGAAUAUGUCGAGAGUUUAAUCGCAAUAGAAUGUGCCUAUAUCAAUACGAAUCACCCUGAUUUUCCUGGUGCAGCAGGUGCCUUGGAGGAGAUGCAAAAGAAGCACAAGGAAAUGGAAAAGUCGGAAAAGAAGCGACUUGCGCGACAACAAAUGAUGAUGACGAUGAAUGGUAGUGAUCCUAUUACGUCGUCUUCUAUGGGCACAAGAACACAUCGCUCCAUGUCUAUUUCCUCUGUCACCUCGUCCUCUUCUCCACCCAAGGAUUCAUUUUUAAAUUAUUUUUUCAACGGAAAGAAUGAGGGAUCAAAACCAUCAGGGUUAUCACAAUUAUUAUCCGUGGAGGAAGAUGCUGGAUUGGAGAAGCAUUUUGCUAGCAGUGUUUCUGUGAUGCAUCACGAAAUGCAGCAAGAUAUGAAAUUAAAGAGUACAGAUAAAGAUGAUAAAGAAGUAGAGUUAAUCCGCUAUUUGAUCACAUCUUAUUUUAAUAUAAUUCGAAAAUCUAUUCAAGAUCUAGUUCCUAAGGCGAUUAUGCACCUGUUAGUUAAUUUUACAAGAGAAACUGUACAAAAUCGAUUAGUUUCAUCAUUGUAUCGUGAGGAAUUGUUCGAUCAACUUUUAAAAGAGGACCCUGCUAUUGCUUCUGAAAGAGAAAGAUGUAAAGCCAUGUUGGACAUUUAUAAAAACGUCUUUACACUUAUAAGCGAAGCCAUGUAAAAAAGAGAUAGAAUAUGAUGAUGAUCUGUAUAUAUAGAACCACCCUACACCACGCAUAUAAUAUUUUUUUAAUAAAGUUACAAACAGAAUAGAGGAUUGUUUAAUACACAUUAUU